UCCCUCAAUCGUCCUGGUCCCUACUGCUGUCAGCAAGCAGUCUCUCAUCUACACAGACGACAGGCCGUGGUUGAUAUCUCCUGAAUGCCUCUCCAUACCGAACCAACAUUCCACUCCUUGUUCCAUUCUUGUGGACAUCAUGUUCUCUCCGACUCUUCCUGGCCUGGCCAAGGGCCAGGCUGAAGCCGUGUCCUCCACCUCGAUGGGACACACGAAGCUCCCCAGCAUCAGUCAUCUGGGGCUAGUUCCUUCGCCUCCUCCGACCCCUAUCGUCCCCCGAGCGGACGCUUUUCUCCAUGAUCGCCAGCUCGUGAUACGGCCAGCUGCCGAUGGGAAUCCCGCUUGUGUGGUCGGAGCGGUGUCGAAUCUCGCUGCCAGUUCCUCUUUCAUCGACAGAGAUUCUCCCAGCAGCCACGCCGUUGGGCCGGGAUGGCCUCUCAGCUUCCCGACCGAGCAGAAGCUUCCCCCAAUAUCCGAUCUUCUAAGGGAGGUUCCGUCGCUGUUGAUUCACUCCCAAUCCUGCCCGGAUUUGCGCCUGACCCCCCUUCCGUCCCCGAUCGGGCCAGCCCCGUCCGCGUUCUCAACACCAUAUCCGACAUGGACGACGUUCCCUCCCCGGCGACGGUCCUUUUCCUGCCACUUGCCAGGUUUAUUGCUUCCUCGUCCGACGACGCAGGGUCCACGGCGAGCAUCCGCCCCGUGCCUAAAACCCAUGCCGGGGCCCUUCACCAUCUCCGGUACAUCGUCGACAAGCCACCGCGCAGUAUUAUCCGACCGUGACCGCGAACGCCAAAGACGCCAAAGCAAGCACGUCCACCGCCGGCGCGGCUCACCUUUCUCGUCUGGCUCAUGUUUCUCCUCCUCUUCAAGACACAGCAAAACCCAGUCUUCCGAAUCCGAUUCGGACAUUAGCACCACCCCUUCCUCCAUCAUCACCCUCUCAAGCUCCUUCUGCUCCCAGCCAGAAACAAGAACAACAGCAGCAACAACAAACCUCGGAACUCCAAGAGAAGGAGGAUACUGGGGACGAAGGAAGCGCAACAACAAGCCCUACACGUUCGAGCAAGAAGCCUUCUUCAUCUACCACCGCAUCGACCUCGAGCAGACGUGGGAGCAGGUGCGCGCCGCCUUCAUGGCGCGCUGGCCCGGCCUGGAGCGCUCCGUCAGCGGGCUCGAGUGCGCCUACUACCGCACCAACCUGCACCUGCCGGCCACGACGGGGGAUGGGUUGCUGGUCCUGGUUGAUCCGUCCGAGAUAUUAGGGGAGGGUCACGAGCAAGAGGGUAAUAAUAAUGAUGUUGUUGAUGGUGGUGGUGGUGACGAUGAACAACAAAAUGAACAAGGGCAACAACAACAGCAGCAACAACAACGGAAGGAAAAUAAGGAGCCGGGAAUGGGUUAUAAAUUCUACCGCGGCGCCGCAUAUCGCACGCUGGCCGUCAAGUGCCGCAAGGCGCGCAUCUCCCUGAUGGAGCGCUUCCCCGAGGAGCUGGUGGACGAGGCCAACGACUGGGUCCGGGAGGAGCAUCGCGUCUUGGCCAGGGUUGCCGCCGAGAAGCGACGCCUGCAGAGGGAAGCGUUCCUCGCUGCUCGCGCUACUAGGCCAGACUGCCGCCUGAAGGUGUAUUAUUGAUGUUUCCUCAUUUUGCACGGUCUGUUCGUUGGCGUUUGCUUUUUCUUUUCUUGGGCUGCAACGUCACUCGCUAAGUUUCUUAGUUCCCUUUUUCUCAAGAUCAUAACCCUCGUUUGUGUUCCUUAAUAUAUAAAUAUAUAUCUUCCCUUUCCACCCUUUUCUAUCAUUCUUUACGUUGUCUCGCGGCGCCAAUGUUAUAUGAUAGGUCGAUGGUGAUGUUGAUGUCAGUCGAUGACAGUGGUUCCGAGAUCAUGAGGCAGGUAAUGGGAACUCGGUCAAUACUUAUAACGUACAUGAUAAGCGAGCGACGCAGAUAAGCGAGCGACGCA